AUGGUCUCUCUCACUCUCAAGGCUGUAUAUUCUGCUCCUGAUACCACUAAGACUUUCGAGCAUGAAAUCCCCGCUUCCAACGCCGAAUCGCUCGCUGCGAAACAAGCCCACCUUGCAGCCCUGCAGACCCUCGUCCCACAGCUACAAGAGCAAGUCAAUGUCUUCCUGACCGCACGUAUGGAGGAAGAUAAGGGCAAGAUCUCAGAGAAAGAUGCCGAGGAGGAGGCAAAUUACGGCGAAGAAGUGGUUGGAGAUGAUGCAUGA